UAAGGCUACGAAAAGGCCGAAAUAGCUCGGUCUCUGAUCAGUAAUAACCAGGGACUAAGACGAAGAAAGAGUCGUGCAUUCACAGAACGAGCCGGCAGUUAUUUGGACAGGCCAAACCCCUCCUCCCAAUGCCGCCUAUUCUCCAAGCCUACGCCGCUUGUCCUAUACUGUUAGAAAAAAAAUUAACAAAAAAAGCCUGAAAAUCGAAAAAACGCUGCGUGACAGCGAUUUGAAACGCUUGUCUUUGCGUCGGUGAAUGGGUGAAUUCGGUUGUGGCUUGCUUGCAACGCAUUUUGGCACCCUUGUUGACGGAGGCGCUUUCGGGAGCCGAGGUUUACCUCCUCCGGUUUCCUCCGGCCAGUUGCGCCCCGACUCGCCCUUCGCCAACGCCGCCGCGUCCCCUCUCCUCUCGUCAGCUGCUGCGCAUCCGCAAAUCAUGCAGGAUGAGCCUGUGGGGGUGACAACCGCGCAGUUACCCCCGUCAACCGAGGACAAGGACUACAACGCCGAGACGAUCGGCAGAGCUGACAAAAAAUUGAACCAAACCGACUACCGCAACACCCAGCUGGGCUCGUUCCCGUCGGACCACAGCCAUCGGAACCAGAAUCGAGAUUUCCCUGAUUUUGACUCGGACCAUUUUUGUCCGACGCAGUCCAUCUGUGACCUUCAGCGCAACCGGAAAAUACAUCAGCAGUUGAUAAGUCAGCACACCGAGCUGAGCUCCACCGAGUCGCCCCCGCCCCAGGGAAAAUUCAGCCACCUGCCGCAGAGACAGCACUUCCCCUCGGCGGAGCGCGGUGUCGGUGUCGGCGGAUCUCCGCUGGAAGAGACUGAAGCCGAUGUGGCGUCGCCAUCGCCCGCUUCCGUAAACCUGAACAAGAUCCAAAUGGACUCCCCCAUCGCCCACCACAUUAACAACGGCAAUGGCAGCAGCACCGGCAGUAUGUUGUCCGGGGGUCUCGGCGCCGCUUUCCCCAACCUCCAAGCCCAAGAGAUGCAGAGUGCAAGCGGGGGUUCGUCUUCCCCUCCCCUUCCUGGAUUCGGGACUCCUUGGUCCGUCCAGACCAGCUCCUCGCCACCUCCCGUACCCAAUUCGAUCAACCCUAUCCACGCAAACGCCAUUAACCAGAUACCCAGUAGUGAAUCUGACAACAGUUUCUACCCGGGUAUCCCCUCGUCCAUCAACCCGGCCUUCUUCCAGAGCUUUUCGCCGGUGUCUGCCGGUAUCAACGUGCAGGGCUUCAGCGGCCCCUUUUCGCCCCAGAUAAACGUCCCUCAGCAGCCGCAGAGUCGCAGGUCCCCCAUCAGCCCCCAGAUGCAUCCGCAGCACGGGGCUUUUCUGCAGCAGCGGAACAACUACAACCACCAUCAGCCCAUGGUGAAGCCGUCUCCCUGGGGCAGUCACCAGGGGAGCGGCUGGGGCUCAGGGGGGAUGUCCUGGGGCCGGGACCACCGCAGAGGGGGAGGCAUGGGCAUGCCCGGCUCAGUCAGCCAUGUCUCACCAAUGAAGAAGCCCUUCUCCAGUAACGUCAUCGCUCCUCCUAAGUUCCCACGCUCAGCUGGAUCACUAGGCCCCAAGUCCUGGCUUGAGGAGAACAUGUUCCGCACAGACAGUAACAGCAACACCCUGCUGCCUCUGCAGGACCGCUCUAGAAUGUAUGACAGCCUGAACAUGCACUCCCUGGAGAGCUCUCUGAUCGACAUCAUGCGAGCGGAGCAAGAUCCAAUGAAAGGCCGUGUGGGAUGCCCUCACCCCGGGGCCGACGGCCUGCUCAUGCUCAAUGCCAGGAGCUAUGGGAGACGUAGAGGGCGCUCCUCCCUCUUCCCCAUUGACGACAACCUCCUUGAUGAUGGCCACGGAAACCAGGGUGUUCCAGGAGUCCUGGGAUCCCCCAACUGUUACCCACACCAAAACGGGGAGCGAAUUGAGCGCUUUUCACGCAAAGUAUUCGUGGGCGGCUUGCCCCCAGACAUAGAUGAAGAUGAGAUCACUUCAAGUUUCCGUCGCUUUGGUCACCUGGUGGUGGACUGGCCCCACAAAGCAGAGAGCAAGUCUUACUUCCCUCCUAAAGGCUACGCUUUCCUGCUGUUUCAGGAGGAGAGCUCAGUGCAGGCUCUAAUUGAAGCCUGCAUGGAGGAGGAUGGGAAGCUCUAUCUGUGUGUCUCCAGCCCAACCAUCAAGGACAAGCCAGUUCAGAUUCGCCCUUGGAACCUGAGUGAUAGUGAUUUUGUGAUGGAUGGCUCUCAGCCACUUGAUCCUCGCAAAACCAUCUUUGUCGGCGGCGUGCCUCGCCCCCUGAGAGCAAUUGAGCUGGCCAUGAUUAUGGAUCGUCUCUACGGCGGGGUCUGCUACGCAGGAAUUGAUACCGACCCAGAGCUCAAGUACCCCAAAGGAGCGGGGCGAGUGGCCUUCUCUAAUCAACAGAGUUACAUCGCCGCCAUCAGUGCUAGAUUUGUCCAGCUGCAGCAUGGAGACAUUGAUAAGCGGGUGGAGGUUAAGCCCUAUGUUUUGGAUGACCAGCUCUGUGAUGAGUGCCAGGGCGCACGCUGCGGAGGGAAGUUUGCCCCCUUUUUCUGCGCCAAUGUCACUUGCCUGCAGUACUACUGUGAAUUCUGCUGGGCCAACAUCCACUCCCGCGCCGGGCGGGAGUUCCACAAGCCGCUUGUCAAGGAGGGGGCUGACCGCCCGCGCCAGAUCCACUUCCGCUGGAACUAGAGAGGCGACCACAUCCACGGUGACACAGUCAGAGGGAAAGCAAAUAAAACACUGGCUAACAAGAAAAGGAGCAUCGCUCUGCCUCUCACCCUAAGCUAUCAGUAUAAUCGAGUACAUAACACUAUACAGUAUAUAUAUAUAUAUAUA